AUGUUACAACAUCAAGAUACAUCUGCUUCUAAAAAUACUAAGUCUACUCCAAAAGUUAGUGUUCCUCCCAUGGGAGUCCCUGAUGAUGAGAUUCUGGAUGUUGCUCCUCUCUCUGUUAUUCUCGGCGCGGACAUUGAUGUGAACCAACCCAUCUCCAUUGAUGCCUCCUCUUCUGCAUGUUCCAAACAAGGUAACCCCUCUAGUAUUCCGUCCGGUUCAACUCCUGUCACUAAUUCUAAGGAAGGAUCACACUAUACUGAUCGUGUUAUAAGAGACCUAGUUACUAGAAUUCUUAAUGAAAGCCACUCUGUGAAGGGAGUUUCUACUCCCCUUUCUCAAAUGUAUCCCUAUCCUGAGGUUGAACAACCUAGUGGUAAGGGUGAUGAUUCCUCCAGUUCGGAAAAGGACUUGGCUGCUGAAGGGUUGCGCUCUCUAGGGAAAACCGUGUCUGAAAAAGGGAAAUAUGUGGCCUCUAACACUGCUAAUACUUCCCACUAUGAGAAGCAUGAUGAUGCAAAUGUUGUGAUUGAUCUAGAGGAUGGUAGCUCUGAUGAUCAAGAGGAAAGCUUGAUUCAUCAUAUAAAGCCAAGUAUGGCUAAACGCAUGAAGACUCGCAAAGGAAAAUAUGUGGCUGAACUUAUGUCAGCUAGAAAAGCUAAGAAGACUGCUGGUAUUGGUCCCUCCAAACCAUGGAGCAAGGUUGAAAUAAAGAAGAGGAAGGUUAUAGAGGAUUCUGAGCCUGAAGAGGAUGUUGAGGAAGAUGUCCCCGACAUCUCUCCUGCGAAGAAAACUACUGUUAAAGUACCUGCUGUUCAUUUGGAUAACAUCUCCUUCCAUCUUGAGGAUGGAGCUGUUAAGUGGAAAUCUGUGAUUCAGAGAAGGGUAGCUGUGGAAAGGGAAAUGCGAAAAGAUGUUGCUGAUGUCAAGGAGGUCAUGGACCUGAUAAAAUUUGUUGGGCUUUUGAAGACUGUUGUUGGGUUCUCUCAAUGCUAUGAAGGUUUAGUCAAGGAAUUUAUUGUUAACAUUCCUGAGGAUAUUUCUGAUAAGAACAUCAAGGAGUUCUGCAAGAUGUAUGUGAGGGGCAGAGAUAAUGAGGGUGCAGGAGAAUUAGAAGUUACAGACAAUCAGGUUUGUAGGGUGAUUACAGCUAGUCAUGUCAAGGAUAUUGUCAUGACAUCUGCCAUGAAGAGGUCAGUGUCAAAAGUUGGAGCAAUUGUUGAGCUUAAGGAGACAUGCAAAGAGCUGGGUGAAGGGAUUAGGGUAGCCACAACUAGAAAACAAUCUUUGGAAGCCUUGAUUGCAAGCUUGGAGCAGGCUGAGGGUGAAAAUGUUGAACAUGCUAAUGUCAGCCAUAAAGAAGAAGUUGAAGCCCACACCUCUAGUGAGAGGUUUGCUAACAAUGAUGAUGCAAGUGGUAAUUCUGCUUCUGGUGCUGAUGAAGAGGCUGCAAACUCAAGCUCUACUGAGUAG